AUGGAGCCGUCGGAGAGGCGGCACAAGGAUUUCAUCGCUUUCAAGCCGCCGGACAAAAAAUGCCACCCAAAAAGGGAUGGAGUCACGGGCCUGAUUGUGAAGCACUUCCAGAAGACCUUCCAGAGGCCCAUCUCCUUGCAGCUGUCUUCUCCCAUGGGUCUUUCUCAGUGCUGCUCAGGCUCUUGUCCAAACUUGAUGACAAGUAAAAGUGAAGCACACGAAGAGAAGCCUGGGUAUGUGGCAUCUGUAGCCCAGCAGCCUGGCAGGACGCUCUGGUCACUCUCCUCAUCACUGCCAUCAGGAGAGGACGGCCAGUUCAACCACCAAGCACUCCAGGACGGGCAGAGUGGUUUGCAGGCCCAGAUGGACGAGGCUCAGAGCAGAGGGGCAGCCCAUAGCACAUGGUCCCCAGUGCAGGCACCCCUCUCUUGUGCCCGCAGAUCCAGUCCUACUCUGGGUCCUCUCCUGCCUUGUCCAGUGGACCCCCUUUCCAAAGCCAAGCUUUCCAGCUGCUUCUCCUUGUUCUCGCCACCGUCAUGGAGCAGCAGCUCAGAACCAGAUUCCAGCCCUCUGUCCAGAGUGGGCUCCAAGAAAACUUGCAAGGGUACCUGGAAGAAGAAAUCACAUCCUGAGGAUCCCAGCGGUCUGAAGCCAGGAGAGCCUGUGUGUUUCCACUUCACAGAACCCAUCAUCGCUAGGAUAACAGACUGCAUCUACCUGGGGAACCUCAAUGCUGCCUACAGUGGGCGGGCACUGUGCAAAAAUGGCAUUGACAGCAUCAUCGAUAUGAGCAGUCUGCCCAGUGACCGCAGCCUGAGCAUCAUUCCCUGCACCUGUGGCCGGGGAGGGUUCAGGCACAGCUGGUCACGCCUCAAGGUUGACAUCCAGGCUCCCCUGGAUGGGGACCAACAUGAACUGGGACAACCUUGCUUCCGGGACAUCAAUGAGUGCAUCCAAGCCUCGCUGGAGAAAGGGAAGCGUGUCCUUAUCCACUGUAGAGAUGGUUACUCUCUAGGCCCUACUUGCGUCAUCCAGUACUUGAUGGUCAAGCACAGCAUGAGACUGCUGACAGCCUAUGAGUUUGUGAGGGCACGGUACCCGCUGAACAUCCAGGAGUGCCACCAGGACCUGCUGGUGGGUUUGGAGACAUCCCUGCAGCCUGGAGGUGUCAACAUGGCAUGCCUGAAGCACUCCUUGUCAAGGAAGAUGGCAUGGAGCUAAAAGGGCAGGGUUGCUGUGCUGUCUGGCAGCAGCCCUGAAGAUGAAAAGCCAAACUGAACAUGGCCUUAACUUAUCUCAUAGGUGAAUGAGAUGACUGUUGCUGUGGGGUAUUUAGGAAAGAGCUGGGGCAAGAUGCAAAGGCUGCGGCCUUCCUUUUUAGCAGUUCCUAGGGUCUGGUGCCAGCAGAAGUCAAG